AGGGAUUUUGUACUGAUAUGAAGCCCAACGUGGUCAUUUGACUACCCCCUACCACUUUCACCUGAGAGAGGAGAACUGAGCCAUUGGGAAAGAGACUUAUGCUGGUACUGCGAUGCUGACUUCUAGCUCAACUGCUGUGAAGAGUCUUCCUUUGAAGAGGAGGCUCUGUUUCCUGCUGAAACUCGUGUGCUUUGUCAGCUCAGUGUUAAUAUUUUGUGAAUUUUUAAUUUAUUAUGUGGUAAUUUUUCAAUGUCAAUGGCCAGAAGUGAAAGCUGGAGCUCACGUGGGUAAAAAAGAGAGUUCAACUUCAAUCCUAAAGGCCAUCAUUUUAGCUGAUACUCAUCUGCUUGGUGAAAUCAAAGGGCAUUGGCUGGAUAAGCUAAGAAGGGAAUGGCAAAUGGAAAGAUCUUUCCAAACUGCCUUAUGGUUACUGCAGCCAGAUAUUGUUUUUAUUCUGGGAGAUGUCUUUGAUGAAGGAAAAUGGAGCUCACCUCAGGCCUGGACAGAUGAUGUCAGGAGAUUUCGGAAAAUGUUUAAGCAUCCAGUUUCUACUGAGCUGCUGGUUAUCGUUGGGAAUCAUGACAUUGGAUUUCAUUAUGAAAUGACUACUUACAAGGUAAAUCGAUUUGAAAAGGUUUUCAACUUUACUUCAGGAAAGCUAAUAACUCGAAAAGGAAUAAACUUUGUCCUAGUGAACAGUGUGGCUAUGGAUGGCGAUGGCUGUGCUGUCUGCCGUACCUCAGAGGCAAAGCUUGUGGCGCUUUCUCACAAGCUGAAUUGCUCCCAGCAGAAACCGAAUCAUUCCAACAAAAGGUGCAGUGAUGUGGAAAACCUCCCAGCUUCAGAACCCAUCCUUUUACAGCAUUACCCUCUCUAUCGGAAAAGUGAUGCUGAAUGCAGUGGAGAAGAUUCUGCUCCUCCAGAGGAGAAGAACAUCCCAUUUAAAGAAAAGUAUGACGUACUGUCUCAAGAAGCAUCGCAAAAGCUGAUAUGGUGGUUUCAUCCCCGUUUGAUUCUCAGUGGACAUACACAUAGUGCUUGUGAAGUGCUGCACGCGGGGAAAAUUCCAGAAAUCAGUGUGCCGUCAUUCAGUUGGAGGAAUAUAAACAACCCUAGUUUCAUCAUGGGCAGCAUAACACCAACUGACUUCUCCCUCCACAAAUGCUUCCUUCCGUAUGAGAGCAGAGUCUUUGCUAUAUACUGUGCAGCAGGUGCUCUGCUCGUAAUCCUGAUACUAGCUCAUUUUCAGCUUCUCACUCCAUUUUAUUUUGCUCAGCGUUUAAUCAGUAAGCAUAAAGCAGUAUGAAGAGCCAGACAUCUGCAUUCAGUCACUGAAAUACCAAAGCUGAGAACAGUCAAACAUCAGACUAUAUUCAUGCCAGCAAAUGACCUAAUUUGAUUGCUAGUCUGAAGGCAGGUUGCAUUUACACAUACCAUAGAAGUCCUAUACAGCUGAUAUGACUACUACAGGAUAAAUAAUUAACUGAAAUGAACGUUUCAUGCUGUACAAAAAUACUGUAUUCUACAAUCAAAUGAGUCCUUUUCCUGCUAUAAUUUUUGUAUCAAAUAUGUAUAUUAAAAGUGUAACUGUACAUUAUGUAAA